AUUCAAUAAAUAAUACAAAUUCAUAGUGGGUUUCUAUGGAAAGGAAAAGAGGAGAAAAGAGGGAUCAGUUGGGUAAAAUGAGAAAAUGUAUGUAAACCAAAGGAAGCAUGGGAUUUAGGUGUUAGACACAUUGGAGUAUUCAACCAUGCACUAUUAUACAAGUGGAGAUGGAGGAUGAUGAAUGAACACAAAGCUAUACGAAAGGAUAUUAUUCAAGCAAUAUAGGGGGAUCAUAUAUUACAAAACUACAAGGAAAUAGAGACGAGUAGAAGUAAGAAAACAUUUAUACGGUGGAAAUACAUUUUGUCAGACAGAAUGGUAAUGGAGGAUAAGUCUAAUGGGGAAACAUUGAUAAGGAUGAAGCUGUUGAUUCUAUGCUCAGAUAUGUUGAUGCUGGAUUCACCACUUUUGAUAUGGCUGAUAUAUGUAUGCAAUUGUUUGUAUUAAUUCUUGCUCUUCCAACCAGAUCAGAAUUGGAAGAAAAUAUGGUCAAAGCAUAAGAUAAGAAGGGGAAUCUAAUUUGUCAAAAUCAGACAAAAUAAGAACCAAAGCCUCUCAAUACUAAUACUAAAAUAUACUAACAAAUACAAAUAUGUACCUUUUCUUUUCUAUCUCUUCAAGAUGCUGCAUAUGUCUUUUAUGUUUGUAAUCUAGCUGCUAUUAUUAGAUAUUAAUUCUCUCCCCUAUUGACUUCAAAGCCGGCCUUAUACUUCAUUUAGAGCUCUUAAUUUGUCACUUAGAGAAAAAAGAAGGAUAUAUAUGUUGGAAUAAUUUGUUAAGUAUAUCAUUCACUACUUAGCCAUGGAUGAAGGUGCUAAGAGAAUGGAAGAAGGCAUCAAUGUAUCAUUGGAUAUUGAUGAUGCUAAAGAUGAAGUUUUGAAGAAUCAAGAAACAACCAAUAUUAAUGGAAAUUCUAGUAUUGAUCAACAUGACACUGCAGACACAAUGGCUAAGCCUGCAUUGGUUAAGCAAAAGACAAAAAGGGUUGCAACACUUGAUGCAUUUAGAGGCCUCACCAUUGUGUUGAUGAUAUUAGUGGAUGAUGCUGGUGAAGCUUAUCCGCGCAUUGAUCACUCUCCAUGGAACGGAUGUACUUUGGCCGAUUUUGUUAUGCCUUUCUUUCUUUUCAUUGUUGGUGUUGCCAUAGCUCUUGCACUUAAGAGAAUUCCCAAGAUAAAGUAUGCUGUGAAGAAGAUAAUACUUAGGACAUUGAAGCUUCUCUUUUGGGGAAUAAUUUUACAAGGUGGAUACUCUCAUGCCCCCGAUGAACUCAAGUAUGGAGUCGACAUGAAAUUUAUUCGAUGGUGUGGCAUUCUCCAGAGAAUAGCCCUUGUAUACUGUGUUGUGGCUCUAAUAGAAACAUUUACAACCAAGCUUAGACCAACUACCUUAAGUCCGAGACGCAUAACCAUUUUCACUGCAUAUAAAUGGCAAUGGUUCGGAGGCUUCAUAGCGUUUCUCAUUUACAUGAUCACAACCUUCGCAUUGUAUGUUCCUGAUUGGAGUUUUGUAGAUCACGUUAAUAGCGACGUACCAAAGAGAUACACGGUGUUAUGUGGAGUGAGAGGACACCUAGGACCUCCAUGUAACGCAGUUGGAUAUGUCGAUAGACGAGUUUGGGGGGUUAAUCAUCUUUAUUCUCAACCUGUUUGGAGACGCUUAAAGGCGUGCACAUUCAGUUCUUCAGGUGAAGGAACAUUUCGUGACGAUGCUCCAAGUUGGUGUCUUGCUCCAUAUGAACCAGAGGGCUUACUAAGUUCUAUAUCAGCAAUCCUUUCCGGAACCAUUGGAAUCCAUUAUGGACAUGUCUUGAUUCAUUUCAAGGGUCAUUCAGAAAGGCUCAAACAAUGGCUCUCAAUGGGGUCUGUGUUACUCAUAAUAGCCAUUGUCCUUCAUUUUACAGAUGCUAUUCCAAUUAAUAAGCAACUCUAUAGUUUGAGCUAUGUUUGUUUCACAGCUGGUGCAGCUGGAAUUGUGUUCUCUGCCCUCUAUAUAUUGAUUGAUGUUUGUGGGAUCCGUACUCCGUUCUUGUUCUUGGAAUGGAUAGGGAUGAACGCGAUGUUAGUGUUUGUGAUGGCAGCUCAGGGAAUUUUCGCAGCAUUUGUUAAUGGCUGGUAUUAUGAAGAUCCAAACAAGUCACUAGUACACUGGAUCAAGAAGCAUGUGUUUGUAAAUGUUUGGAACUCAGAAAAAGUUGGAACUCUCUUAUAUGUCAUCUUUGCAGAAAUCACAUUUUGGGGAGUAGUAGCUGGCGUGUUGCACAAGUUAAAAAUAUAUUGGAAAUUGUAAUCUAUAACAUAAAUAUUCAGCUUUGUAAUUGGUUUCCUCUCUAUUCAUUGUAAUGUGAAUCUAAAUUGUCUUGA